AUGGAGAAAGAGAGCUCCAGUCCAGAAGUUCCCGCGUCUCUUAUGGAUGUGUCAAAAAAUGGCACUACUGCGCAAGGGGAUAAUGGGCUGCCGAAGAGAACUCUGUUUGUUCGAUCACUUCCCGCCUCAGCGACUACCGAGAGUUUAGCAGAGCACUUCUCGCAAUCCUAUGUUAUUAAACAUGCCACUGUCGUAAACGACUCGAAAACAAAGCAGUCCAAAGGCUACGGUUUCGUUACCUUCGCCGAUGUUGAUGAUGCGAAAGCCGCUUUGGAGGAAUUCAAUCAAUCCGUUUUCGAUGGCAAGAAAAUUCGGGUCGAUUACGCCCAACCACGCCACCGAACGAUCGACGAGAAACUAGGAAAGAGUGUGCCGUCGUCUACUGCAAUUGAACUGAAAAAGCAGAGAGAGCAACAGAAAGAUGCCGCCCUGCCGCCUAAGUUGAUCGUCCGAAACUUGCCUUGGAGUGUCAAAGAACCGGAUGAUCUAGCUGUUCUUUUCCGAAGCUUCGGGAAAGUCAAACAGGCCAUUCUCCCGAAAAAGGGGAAGGACCUGGCAGGAUUUGGUUUUGUGGUUAUUCGAGGGAAGAAAAAUGCCGAAAAGGCUCUGCAGGCUGUGAACGGAAAAGAAGUUGAUGGAAGAACUCUAGCCGUUGAUUGGGCUGUGCAAAAGGAUGUGUGGGAGAAUCUGCAGAAAGAAAACGAGGCUAAGGAAGACAUUGUGGAAGAAAAGUCCAGUGAUGUCGAGAUGGAAGAUGAUACCCUGUCGACAAAGUCGGUCUCUGACGAUGACAAUGAUAUUUCAUCUGACAACGAUGAAGAUAUUGAAAGUAUAGGUGAUGGUGAGGGAUACGAUGAAGAGGGCGAAGAUGAAGAGAAGGAAGAAGUGGAGGAUGAAAGAAACGCAUGUACUAUCUUUCUCCGGAAUCUGCCUUUCACGUGUACGGACGAGACUCUUUACGAACACUUCACUCAAUUCGGAAACCUUCGUUAUGCACGCAUUGUUGUUGAUCAGGAAACUGAACGUCCGCGUGGAACAGGUUUUGUAUGCUUCUGGAAGGUCGAUGAUGCAGCGUCUUGCGUGCGCGACGCCCCAAAACAACUAGACGCCGUCGCUGCAGACAAGUCAACAGCCAAGAAACCUUCUACUGCACUCAAACACUCAGUAUUGCAAAAUGAGAACGCUGACCCAACAGGCCGAUACACAAUGGAGGGCCGUGUAUUGCAAGUCUCCCGUGCUGUAAGCAAGUCUCAGGCUACAAAACUUGAGGAAGAGGGCGUGUCUCGACGAUUGGUCCGUGACACUGACAAGCGCCGUCUAUAUCUGCUUUCUGAGGGAACAAUUCCUCACAACUCUGCGCUGUAUAAGAAACUUUCGCCAUCCGAGAUAAAGAUGAGAGAGGAUAGUUACAAACAACGACAAAACUUUAUCAAGAAGAACCCGACACUUCAUCUCAGUCUAACGCGACUUUCCAUCCGCAACAUUCCACGUCAUGUCACUUCGAAGGAUUUGAAACAACUUGCUCGACAGGCGAUUGUUGGGUUUGCCAAGGAUGUCUCGGCCGGCAUUCGUCAGGCCCUUUCUAAAGAAGAACUGCAGCGGGCCUCCGAGGAAAUGAAAGAGGCGGAGCAACAAAGAAAGAAAAAAGGACAGGGAGUCGUGAGACAAUCUAAGAUUGUUUUCGAAGGUCGGGAUGGCAGCAAGGUCGAAGAGAAUAGCGGCGCGGGACGAAGCAGAGGAUACGGCUUCGUUGAAUACUAUACUCAUCGCCAUGCUCUGAUGGCACUAAGAUGGCUCAACGGGCAUGCUGUCGAGGCUCCUACGACCGGCUCUGAGGAUGCUCAAGACAAGAAAAAGCGGCUCAUUGUUGAGUUCGCCAUCGAAAACGCCCAAGUCGUCAAGCGUCGUAUUGAGCAACAAGCCAAAGUACGCAAUCAGAAGAAGGACAGUAUGCAAGGCGAAGGCAAGCCGAGCAAGGACGAGCCUAGGAAUAACAAGGCACCUCCGAAAGGGAAGAAGAGAAAGCGACCAGAGGGCAACGAUGGUAAAGGUCAAGAUGGAGAUGAUGAAGAACAAAACAAGAUCGCUAAGCGCAACCGAAUCAUCGCGAAGAAGAGGAUGCAACGCAGGUCACGGAAGUGA